AUGCAGCAUAGUUCUUGUGAUGAUGUUUGUUUUGCCCUUUUGAAGCUUAACCUUGGCGACGAUAUUGUGAAAGUUGUAAUCGAUUGGAGCAAGCUUCAAAGCACGUCGGCACUUCAGCCAGUACUGCUCUUUAGUGCCCUUCAGCAGCAUAUUUUAAAUUUGCAGCCUCUUUUAGAAAAACUCCAGUCAUUGAUUAAAGAGGAAAAUACAGACCAUGUUGAACCUGCAGGUAAAACAGAAGGCCAGACUUCCGAAACAAAUUUUGAUAUUUAUGACGGUAACCCUCAGACUGAAGAGAAGUAUGCAGGCUAUGACGCGGGAGAGCUGAAGGAUGUUCAUAUUAAUUUUGAUCCAGAGGUGGUCCAGAUAAAAGCUGGAAAAGCAGAAAUUGACAGGCGGAUAUCAGCCUUCAUCGAGAGGAAACAAGCUGAGAUCAAUGAAAAUAAUGUCAGGGAAUUUUGCAAUGUUAUUGAUUGUAAUCAAGAAAAUAGCUGUGCCAGAACAGAUGCAAUUUUCACACCUUAUCCUGGAUUUAAAAGCCAUAUAAAGGUUUCUAGGGUAGUAAAUACAUAUGGGCCGCAGACUAGAUCUGAAGGAGCUCAUGCUCCCAAUCACAAAGCCAGUGCACCCAUUCAUGACUGUGGGAACCAAGCCAUCGAGGAGAGAUUACAAAACAUUGAGGCACACUUACGGUUACAAACAGGUGGUCCUGUACCAAGAGACAUUUAUCAGAGAAUUAAGAAGCUUGAAGAUAAAAUCCUUGAGCUGGAAGGUCUGUCACCUGAAUAUUUUCAAUCUGUGAGCUGUUCUGGCAAGAGGAGAAAGGUCCAGCCUCCCCACCAGAACUAUUCAUUGGCUGAACUUGAUGAGAAGAUCAAUGCUAUUAAACAGGCAUUACUGAGGAAAACAAAAGAGAGCAAGUCCAAGGAGGCUGAGCGGCUUCUUCGGUAGUGGAUGAAAAACAAAUCUUUUCAGAAUCUUCAUCAUGCUUUACAUGUACCUAAAACGUAGACCUGCAGUAGUGCUCAUUGGAGAUAACUUCAGCCAUAAAAACAAAGCAUGCAUAGAAGCUCAUUAUGGAUGAUUUCAAUAGCUUGCUUUUGAGAAUAUUCAUUUUAAAAUAAUCUGAUUAGUGGAAUAUUUACCUUAAAAUUGAGGAAUGUUUAGGAAUAGCAUUCUUAUGAUCUAUUCCCUUCUGUUAUAAAGGAGGAUUGCAACAUUGUUCAUUCGUGGAAAGUUUUAACCUGCAUGAAAAAACUGCGUUUCGUGUGUAAUUCUUC